AGGCGGAAACUCCUCCUCGGAGACGAGCUUGGGAGACGAGGCUUUUCCUCGCUCUCUCUUUCUCCUCUUCUCUUCUGUUAUUCCUUCCCGCUUCUUCUCUAAAACUUCUGACGCUAAAGUGCUGCAAUCAUGUUUAGUUGUGCUCCAAGAAAGAGUGACAACACUAAGUACUAUGAGAUUCUUGGUGUUUCCAAAAAUGCAAGUCAAGAUGAACUGAAGAAAGCAUAUAGAAAAGCUGCCAUUAAGAACCACCCUGAUAAGGGUGGAGAUCCUGAGAAGUUCAAGGACUUGGCUCAGGCUUAUGAAGUUCUUAGUGAUCCUGAGAAAAGAGAUAUAUAUGACCAAUAUGGUGAAGAUGCUCUUAAGGAAGGAAUGGGAGUAGGUGGUGCCUCUCACAAUCCUUUUGAUAUAUUUGAAUCAUUCUUUGGUGGUGGUGGUAGCUCAAGGGGAAGAAGACAAAAGCAAGGUGAAGAUGUAGUUCAUACCCUGAAGGUUUCUUUGGAGGACUUGUAUAAUGGAACAUCUAAAAAACUUUCUCUAUCUAGAAACAUAUUGUGCCCAAAAUGUAAAGGUAAAGGGUCAAAAAGUGGGGCAUCUGGGAGGUGUUGUGGAUGCCAAGGUACAGGCAUGAAGAUCACAACCCGGCAAAUUGGACCAAGCAUGAUCCAGCAGAUGCAACAUGUCUGUCCAGAAUGUAGAGGCUCAGGUGAAGUUAUUAGCGAGAAAGACAAAUGCCCACAAUGCAAAGGCAACAAGGUUACUCAGGAGAAGAAGGUGCUAGAGGUCAAUAUUGAGAAAGGAAUGCAGCAUGGCCAGAAAAUUGUCUUCCAAGGUGAAGCAGAUGAAGCUCCUGAUACAAUUACAGGGGACAUUGUUUUCGUCUUGCAACUAAAGGAGCACUCAAAGUUCAAGCGGAAGUUUGAUGAUCUCUAUGUAGAGCACACCCUCAGUUUGACGGAGGCUCUCUGUGGAUUCCAGUUUGCUUUGACACAUCUUGAUAGCAGACAGCUCCUAAUCAAAUCAAAUCCUGGCGAGGUUAUCAAGCCUGGUCAAUACAAGGCGAUUAAUGACGAGGGGAUGCCUCACCACCAGAGGCCUUUCAUGAAGGGCCGGCUGUAUAUCCAGUUCCACGUGGACUUUCCAGAUUCUGCUGUUCUUUCCCCAGAUGAGUGCCGCACCUUGGAGACAAUCCUGCCCCCAAGAGCAAACAGUCAUUUGUCAGGGAUGGAUCUUGACGAUUGCGAGGAGACCACCUUGCAUGAUGUCAACGUCGACGAGGAAAUGAGGAGGAAGCAACAACAGCAGCAGCAAGAGGCAUACGAUGAGGACGAUGAGCCAUCAAUGCCUCGAGUACAGUGUGCCCAGCAAUAAAAACUUUGCUUCAGUUUUGAUCUUUGCUCGGUAGGAAGCCUGUUUCCACUCUGUUCGAUCCUAGAUAGAAAGCCUCUCGCUUUGUUGGUCUUGCUAUACUAGUGUUUUAUUUUAUGUUAAGAGGCUUAUUAUUAGCAUAGAUCCAUUUGCAAAAUGAUUCUGACUAUGAUAGGUGGGCCUCUUGUCUUAUCCCGACUCUUACAAGUUAUCAGUGCUUCAAGAAAUUUGAAACCAGGUCGAGUAGGAUUAAUUUCAUUGCAUUUCAUUGUGUUCUGUGGUAUGAAGUUAUCCGAAGCUGAAGUAAUAUUUAAUGAAUAUUUGGAUCGAGAUAAGUUGCUUUUAUGGAUUAGAAGCUUUGAGCUCUUUA